AUGCCCACAACUGGAGUGCCAGUGAUGCUGACAGAAGGAAACGGAGCGGUGCCUGGGGGGCGGGCUCGGUCGAGACCCCCCAAGCUGAGGGGUACCUCAAGGGUGCCUGACCACAUCAGGCCUGCCUCUUCCUCCCAGGAGCAUAGUUUUGUUCCGGAGGAGGUUUUGCGAAGCCUGACCUGUGCCAGCAGUUCUCUCCACAGCCCGGAGUACUUGCGGUCCCCACAAACCACCAAAACCCCAAUGGGCUUCAGGGGCUGCCUGCAAACCCCAGAUCGGCUUUGGCAUUAUCCUAAUCGUCGGAGCAAGUUCAGAUACCUGACAGACCACCCUGUCAGUUUGACAGGCGCUGGAAAGGAUGUCUCUUACCUGUGUGACACUGCGACUGGCCAAGAAGCUAAGAAAUCAAUGACUGGCAGAAGCUUUUUUACUGAGAGUUGUUGAGACCAGAGUGGGAGCCAUGGUACAGUCCCACAUACUCCUCGAGCAACCCUAGCAGAUAGUCUGAUUCCCGAAGAAUUUCACAUCGUGAGGAACAGGGGAGUUUUGCCCUUGAAGUGCUUUGAUGAAAUAAUGAUUUGUCUCUUUCUGGUCUGUCGGGAAACCUGGGAGGUCAUCCAGCUGAUGGAGGUGAUGGAUAGCAUGUUGGAAAAAGCUGGAGUAGACAAGCUAAUCAGAGUAACAGGACCUUCACAGCUGCACAACUUGCUGGAGCUGAUGAAGGUGGAACAGAACACCUACAACAUCAUUUUCGAGCUGAUUCGGCAGGUCAGUGUGGACUGCGUGGAGAGAGGACAGCUGCUUUCGAAGCUCAGGCAGAGGUACGUGGGUCUCCUGGAGCAGAUUCCUGAACAGAUGAAGACCCUCUACAAAAAAAUGAUGGCACAGCAGGUGGUCAACAGACAUAUUACAGAAGAACUACUCUAUUUUAAAGAAUCUGUUGGACAGCUGGCCAGUGAGCUGUAUGAAGUAUGAGAGUAUGACCGCAAGGUGACCAAAGAAGCAGAAAAAGCUCAAAAGGAGCUAGCUACAGCCAUGCAGGAGGCUAAGGCGAAGGCAAACCUUUUGGAAGAGUACCGGGAGUUAUACAAGUUGCAGAGAAGACGACUGGAAGAGCAAGUUCUGCUGCUAGCCCAAGAGAGAGACAUUUGGAGCUCAGCUGCGCAUGACCUGGCUCUGAAGAUAGUAGACAGAAACCAGCUCACAUUGGUUCGCAGGCUCCAUGUUAGCGGAAAGACACUGACCAACAUCCUCAAGAAUUUCAUGGUCCUCUUGGCCUCAAAGGACAUGGGAGAUCUGGUUGAGCUACAGGAAGAGACCAAGCAGUUCAGGGAGAGGUUGGAUCGCAUUGGAGCAGAAAUAGAGCGUUCCAAGGAGUCCAGCCAGGGAAAACUGCAAAUUGUCUGCAGCAGCCUCAAUAAGUGGCUUCAAUACUUCCAUAGCGGCUUUUUCUCCUCCCUGAUGAAUGAAAAGCUACUGGAUGAAAUCCUACAAGAUAUCAAGAACUUGAUAAAUAUGCUAAAAGAAGACCUAGAGCAGUACGGAGUGGAGGUGCACCUAAGAAAGAUGGAAAGUCUGAGGAGCGCUGCCAGCCUGCAGGAGCACUGGAUGGAGCUGGAGCAUUGUCCGCAGCACACUGUCCUGGAAGAAACAAACCAAAGGACAUGUGAACUCUACUGGCAAUACAAUAUAAGGAUAAAUGGGAAUAAUGCCUUUCUGAGAAGUACGGAAGAUUGGUUAUUGAAGGUGCAAAAGCUGAAGCAAGGUUCUGGCAUGUAUGAAGCUGAGCUGCUGCGGGCAUUUUAUCACAAGAUUCCUGUGUGGCUGGCCCAGGUGGAUGCAGUGAUGAGCUGUAUAGGCUCCAGGCAGUUGCAUGAAGCUGAGAGUGAUAAGAAACCGCAUUUUCUGGUGGUACCUAGAGAAUUUUUUCAGAUGAUUCAGCGAUGGGUUCUGUCUGUGAAUAAUGAGGUUCAGAAGAACAUCACACAUCUUAAUGAAAAAGUGACUGAACUGCACAGAAAUCUAACCCUGUGGCUGGUGAAUUUGCUGAGACAUAUGACAGCAGUCUUGUCCUGGGAGUGUCCCCAGCAGCAAGAGUCAGACACUGAGACGGACGAGGAGCUCAGACUUCUGGGGGCUCGUAAGCUGCAGCAUGAAGCUGAAGAGCUGGUUGCAGAGAUGGGCAGUCUCUCUGGUUCUAUAGUCAGCUGCUGCCAUGAGAUUGUCAAUGCAGUCGUUCGAAAGAAACAGUCUGAAAUGGAUUUAGAAGCUGAUUUUGAGCUGGAGAAGCUGAAUAAGAUCAAGACUGAGUGCUGUAAUUGGAUUCAAGUGUGCUGACUUCUCCUUUCAGAGAUCAAAGGCACCCCCAUCUCCUUUCUGGAUUUAGAAGACCUGAGAAACCUCUUUGGAUCAGAGGAAUUGCAGUUGAAGCUUAAGCUUGAGGAUGCUAUCAUUUCUUCAACUCAGGAAGAGCUUGAAGCUGAAGAUGCCAACAGCAGUAGGAAACCCGUACCAAAGGAAGAAACAUUAGAAGUAAAGGAGGAAAUUGCUAUUAUGUAGCAGCAGCCAGGUGCUGGUAUGGAGUACCUGACUGAGGACAAUGAAGCUACUGCAGACAUGAUCAGAUAUGUAGGACAUGACUCCAACACCUACCUGAAGGCUUUGAAGUCAGACAUCAUUUCGGUUACAGGGAGGGAGAUGACUGCCACCAAGUCAUCGACUCCCUUUUCUCAGAAAGAGUUUGAAACCGGGGCAAUGCUGGAACAUCUGCAAGUGCAGCUCCUAGAAACAGAGAUCCGUGCUCAGAAGCGUGCAGAGGAGAGAUCUGAAGGUCUUGAAGAGAAGCUGGAACAAUCUCUGCAGAGAAUCAAAGAGCUAGAGAGUGAGCUGGAGAAAGACGGGAAUGUCAUCCCAGAAGCAACACACAAAGAAGGGCGAGAAAAAUGUUUCCAAGAAAGUGUCUCAGAAGUCAGGGCCUGCUCAAGUCCCAGAGCUUCUACCUCUGGCCAGUCCAAGGGAUCCAGAAAGGGCAAACAUUAA